AUGAGGUUGCACAAGAACAUGAGGCUUCUGUCGGACGCAUCUUCGUCUAAUGAAAAUAAAAUAAGAGAAUUUGUUGAAUCGAUUCUGAGAAUUGAAAACGGAGAAACUGGAGAUUACAAUGAUGGGGAGGGCCAUUCUAGGACCUACGAGGGUGUUAUAUAUGUGAAUGAUUAUCUAUCGUUGCUAAUUGAAGAAGAGGAAAAGGUUUACCCGACCUCUGACAGUCCAUGCGUGGAUGAAGCAUGUUCCGAGAUUAAUGUAGAAAUUUACUCGACCAUGUUUCUCAAUACAAUACCGUGCUCCGGUCUUCUCCAGCGUGAGCUGAAAUUAAAGAAAGGCGUUCAUGUUAUGCUCAUUAGGAAUAUCGAUCUAGCGAAAGGCUUGUGCAAUGGAACUCGUCUCCAAGUUGAAAGAUUAGGCAUGCACGUAAUUAGUUGCAAGGUAUUGUCCGGUAAGAAUGUUGGCGACAUGGUAUUUAUUCCUCGGAUGACUUUGAUACCUUCGAAUUCCAUAUUACCACUUAAAUUUCAAAGACGACAAUAUCCGGUGAUUAUAUUAUUUGCCAUGACCAUCAACAUAAGUCACGGCCAAACUCUCUCGCACGUUGGAUUGUACCUUCCAAGGCCUGUUUUUAGUCACGUUCAAUUCUACGUAGCCUUGUCUCGGGUGAAGAGUAGAUUUGGAAUAAAUAUUUUCAUCAAGGGCGAAUCUGGUGAGUUGUCCAGUGUUACUAACAACGUCAUGUACAAAGAAUUAUUCGAAAGAAUAUAA